AGCGGUAGGCAAAGGGGUGGAGAGGAAAAGCAAGUGGUUUGACUGUCGUUUUGCUCAAAAGGUCAAAGCCUUCUGCACAUUCCAAUUUUGCUUGCGAGACGCCAAGAAAUCGGAGGACUCUUCUGCUCUUUUGCCUGCCGGCGAGGCAAGAAGGGCUCUCCCAUCCUGCUAUUUCCUUCCUUUAACAGAGUCUUUCCGGCGUACGUAGAUAACUCUGUGGGCGGGGCCAGGAGGUUGGCUGCGGGACGAGAAAGGAAGAAGGGACUCACCUAGUAUUCAAUUAAGGAGAAACAAAUAACUUUUCUUUAUCUUAAGCCCUUCUACUGGAGGGAGGGACCGGCAUUCGAUAUACAAACCAUGGCUGCAGCUCGCUUGCGACUGAUUCGUGCUCUGGGCUCCUCUAUUCGUGCCAUCUCCGCUAUCCGCUCCCAUAGCUCUGGAUCAGCUCCCUAUGGGAUCGUUCGGCCUACAAUGUACCGUGAAAUGGGUUGUGAUGGCAUCCUCUGGAAGGCCGAGCUCCGAGCUACGGUUCGGCAUUUUUCAACUGCUGGAGACUUGCAUACUGUCCUUCAAAUGCCAGCUUUGUCUCCAACAAUGAAUCAAGGAAACAUCGUGAAAUGGAGGAAAAAAGAAGGAGACAAGAUAGAAGUUGGGGAUGUGAUAUGUGAAAUAGAGACGGAUAAGGCCACACUUGAAUUUGAAAGUCUUGAAGAAGGGUAUUUAGCUAAAAUUUUGGCACCUGAAGGUUCCAAGGAUGUGAAUGUGGGACAACCUAUUGCCAUUACUGUUGAGGAUGUGGAUCAUAUAGAGAAAGUCCCAAGCGAUAUCAUUGAUACUCCAAAUACAGAUUCUACUAAGUCAACAGAUGACUUGCCUCAUGGGAAUGUGAAAAAUCAACAAACAGCAAAUGAAACAAAUUUUAGCAGAAUCAGUCCGUCAGCAAAAUUGCUUAUUGCAAAUUAUGGCUUAGAUGUGUCAGCUUUGAAAGCAUCCGGCCCUCGUCAUACUCUUCUGAAAGGUGAUGUCUUGGCAGCUAUAAAAUCUGGCGCUGCUUCCUCCAGGGGUCGGACGUCAGUUCAGCAUGGGACUUCUUCAAGUCGAAGUUCACAACUCCCAGUUGAAGAACCAUCACCCCAGCGAAAAGGUUCUUUGGAUCUGGAUGCUACUCAUGAAGAUUUGCCUAACAGUCAAAUACGCAAGGUUAUCGCAAAAAGAUUGUUGGAGUCCAAGAAAAAUACACCACAUGUUUAUUUAUCUUCAGAUGCUGUGCUGGAUCCAUUACUUGCUCUAAGGCAGCAGCUGAAAGAGCAGCAUGGUAUAAAAGUUUCUGUGAAUGACAUCUUGGUGAAAGCUGUCGCCCUCACCCUAAGAUCUGUUCCUGAAGCAAAUGCCUACUGGAAUCAUGAAAAAGAAGAGGUUUCUUUCUGCGAUUCUGUUGACAUCUCGAUUGCAGUGGCCACUGAAAAGGGUUUGAUGACUCCAAUCAUUAGGAAUGCAGAUCAGAAGACAUUGUCAGCCAUAUCAGUUGAGAUAAAGGAACUUGCUGAAAAAGCACGAGCUGGCAAACUUGCCCCAAACCAAUUUCAAGGUGGAACUUUCAGCAUUUCAAACCUGGGGAUGUUUCCUGUGGAUCAUUUUUGUGCCAUCCUUAACCCCCUCAGGUACCUCUGUUCACCGCUGCCAAAUAUUUGCAGGAAUAUAGUUGACCCUAAGUUGGCUAGCAGGUUCAUUUCCUAUAAUCAUGAAAAUUCAACCUGCUUGAAAAGACCAUAUAAUGUUUUCUCCAUCCAAGUUACCAAAUAUGAACUCCAAAUAGAGCACUCAUUACGCAUGAACUCUCUCUCUUUUUUUUUAUUUUUGAGGGAUUUAUGUUUGUUUUAUUGCAUGCAGGGAUGCAUUUUGGCUGUAGGUAGGGCUAAUAAAGUUGUUGACCAUGUGGUUGGAGAUGAUGAUACAUUGAAGCUUACGGCUGUCACAAAAACAAAGUUCACAUUAUCAGGCGAUCAUCGUGUUAUUGACGGUCGUGUUGGAGGAACAUUCCUUACGACCCUCUCGUCCAACUUGAGUGAGAUAAAUAGGCUUCUUCUAUGACAGCGUUCUCACGUCGGUGUGCCAUUACGUCAGUGUAGAACCUUCUCAAUCAGCUGCAUUCUGAGAGGGCUCAUGGCGACAUGGAAGUCUACAACAUUCAGCUUGUUUCUCGGGCAAGCACCAUCCUCUAAUUCUUCAUUUCAAGUUUUCAACUGCUAAAAUAAUAAUUAGAAAGGAAAAACUGCCAUAAGCUCUUUCAUGUUUUGGUUCCUGUACAAGCCAAAAUGAGAAAUUUUGCGUGCAAUUUUAUUUUGCCGAGUUUGCAGACAGUUUGCUUGUGUUGCUGUGGGUGGGAACACAGAAAUCGGCUCAGUUAACUGAUACUUGUCAUGAAGAUGAAUAAUGAUGGAAAUAAAAUUUUGGAUA